AUGGUCUCACAAACACCUUAUCUGGCUCUGCCAGGCUCUUCUGCAUUCUCUGGUUUCCGCACUGCUCGUCUUGCUGCCGCAAUCGGCGCCACCGAGGUGCGCGCUGUAUGGAUGCAUUAUAUCAACCCCAAGCAGGAGCUCAGCAAAGACGACACAAAGAUCUUGGAUCAGCUCUUGAAGUACGGAACUCAACUCUCCACUCAAGACAGACUUUCACAAGUUCUUCUGGAUGCCGUCCAUCGUGGUGGUGAUGCUAGAGACGACACCACCCGUCUCUACUACGUAUCUCCCAGAGCUGGAACAAUCUCACCGUGGAGCUCAAAGGCGACCAGUAUUGCCCAUGUCUGUGGCUUGGAGAAGCAGAUUAAGCGUAUUGAGCGCGGAAUGGUUAUUGCUGCAAGCUUCAAGAACGCCCCCGAGAAGAAUGAUAUCCCCAACCCUGACAUGCUUCAUGACCGUAUGACUCAAACCAUCGAAUCUGGACCUCCGGAUCUCAAUCUGAUGUUUGCCGAGCACGAGCCUGCGGAAGCUCAAGAAAUCGACCUCUUUGCUGAGGGAAGCUCUCCCAAGGAGGCCCUUCAAAGGGCCAACCGUACACUUGGUCUGGCUCUCGACGCCUCAGAAAUUGAUUACCUGGUUGAAGCCUACUCGAACCAAUUGAAGCGUAACCCUAUCGAUGUUGAACUAUUCAUGUUCGCCCAGGUCAACUCGGAGCACUGCAGACACAAGCAAUUCAAUGCAGACUGGACGAUCGACGGCAUGCGCAAGCCCAACAGCUUGUUUGGCAUGAUCAGAAACACUCACAAGAAGCACCCUGAGUACGUUGUCAGCGCUUACAGCGAUAACGCAGCUGUUCUCCAGGGUGAGCAUGCCAGUCUUUGGGCCCCCGAGCACUCUACUGGCGAAUGGAAGCAGACUAAGGAAAUUGUUCAUUUCUUGGCCAAGGUCGAAACUCACAACCACCCCACCGCUGUUUCUCCCUAUCCCGGAGCAGCCACCGGAUCUGGUGGUGAAAUUCGUGACGAGGGUGCUGUUGGACAGGGUUCGAAGCCCAAGGCUGGUCUUUCUGGUUUCACCGUUUCUGAUCUUCUCAUUCCUGGCCACGAGCAACCAUGGGAACUGGAUGUUGGAAGACCUGGCCACAUCGCUAGCGCCCUCGAUAUUAUGCUUGAGGCUCCCAUCGGCAGUGCUGCAUUCAACAACGAGUUCGGAAGACCUUGCACUACUGGUUACUUUCGUACCCUGACAACCGAAGUUCCCAUCGACGACAACACUACUGAGAUCAGAGGAUAUCACAAGCCUAUCAUGCUUGCUGGUGGUGUUGGUACCGUUCGUCCUCAGCAUGCUUUGAAGUCAGAGGAAUUUGUUAGCGCUGGCGCUUCCCUCAUUGUUCUCGGCGGACCUGCUAUGCUCAUUGGUCUUGGAGGUGGUGCAGCUUCCAGUGUUCAGUCUGGCGAAAGUAACGUCGAACUCGACUUUGCCAGUGUACAGAGAGGAAACGCCGAAGUUCAGAGACGUGCCCAGGAAGUCAUCAACACUUGCACUUCCCUUGGAUCUAACAACCCUAUCCAGCUCAUUCACGAUGUCGGUGCUGGUGGUUUGUCCAACGCUCUGCCCGAGAUUGUUCACGAUGCCGGACUUGGUGCCAAGUUUGAGUUGAGAGAGAUCGACAACGCCGACCGCAGUCUCAGCCCUCUACAAAUCUGGUGCUGUGAGGCACAAGAGCGAUACGUCAUGGCUGUCUCUCCCGAAGGCCUAGAGCUGUUCAAGAAGAUUUGCAAGCGUGAAAGAUGUGGUUUCUCUGUGGUCGGUCAAGCCAGUGACCGCGCCUCGAAGGAGGAGAAGCGUCUCAUUCUGAUGGAUCGUAAUUCCGAAAAGUACCCCAGCCCUAUCGACCUUCCCAUGUCGAUUCUUUUCGGCAAGCCUCCCAAGAUGUCGAGAAUCGUGGAGUCCAGAAAGCUCAAGCUUCCGCAGUUCGACAGCACUCUUGCUACUUACCUUCCCAAGGUCUCUACCAAGGAUGUCUUUGGCGAGGCCGUCAAGCGUGUUCUCUCUUUGCCUUCUGUUGGCUCCAAAUCUUUCCUUGUCACCAUUGCUGACAGAUCUGUUGGUGGUCUCGUUGUUCGUGACCAGAUGGUCGGUCCUUGGCAGACCCCUGUCGCUGAUGUUUCGGUCACUGCUACCUCGCUUCUGCCUGGUGUCAAGACUGGUGAGGCUAUGGCUAUGGGUGAGCGUCCUUCGCUUGCUCUUAUUUCUGCCGCUGCUUCAGCCCGUAUGUCAGUCGCAGAGUCUUUGAUGAACUUGGCUGCUGCCAGCAUUCCCGACAGACUCAAGCGUAUUCGUCUCUCAGCCAACUGGAUGGCUGCUAGUGGCCACCCUGGUGAGGGCGCCGCUCUUUACGAGGCUGUUGAGGCCAUUGGUAUGGAGCUUUGCCCUGAGCUUGGUAUCUCCAUCCCCGUCGGCAAGGACUCCAUGUCUAUGAAGAUGAAGUGGCAAGAUGAGAAGACCAAGGAGGCAAAGGAGGUCACUGCACCUCUCUCGUUGGUCAUCUCCGCUUUCGCGCCCGUCGACCACAUCGAGAGAACCUGGACACCCACCCUUUCGAGACUCGAGGAUAUUGGCGAGACCGUUCUGCUCUUUGUUGACCUUGCUGCCGGCAAGAAGGCAAUGGGUGGCUCUGCUCUUGCUCAAGUCUUUGGCAAACUUGGUGAUGAAGCACCUGACGUCCGUGAUGCUGAGAUGCUCAAGGACUUCUACGACGCUGUCGAGUCGCUCCACGAGUCUGGCAUUGUUCUCGCUUACCACGACCGCUCUGAUGGUGGUCUGUUCACCACCCUUGUUGAGAUGAUGUUCGCCGGUCGCACCGGUCUUGAGGUCAUGCUUGACGGUAUCACUCAGUCAGACAAGACUGAAGAUGUCAUUGAGGCUCUGUUCAACGAGGAAAUUGGUGCUGUCUUCCAGGUCAGAAAGAAGGACGAGAUUGAGUUCAACCGUUGCUUCUCCAGCUGUGGACCUCCUCCUGGCAUGAUCAAGAAGAUCGGUAGAGUCCCUGCAGCCACCAAGCAGGAAAUCUCUUUCCACUACAAGACCGAUGUCAUCUACAGAGAGAGCCGUCACAACUUGCAANAGACAUGGCAGACCACCUCUAUGGCCAUGCAGCGCCUCAGAGACAACCCUGAAUGUGCCGACAUCGAGAUGGCCAACAUUGCCGACAACAAGGACCCUGGUCUUUCCUACAAGCUCACCUUCAACCCCAAGGACAACAUCUUGCCUUUGACCACCACCAUCUCAUCGGCCAUCAGUGCCAAGCCUCGCGUCGCUAUUCUGCGUGAGCAGGGUGUCAACGGUCAAGCCGAGAUGGCAUUCGCCUUCAACGUUGCUGGCUUCUCACCCAUCGAUGUCCACAUGAGCGAUAUUCUCUCUGGUCGCGUGUCGCUCGCAUCCUUUGUCGGUCUCGCAGCCUGCGGAGGCUUCUCAUACGGUGACGUUCUCGGUGCCGGUCAAGGCUGGGCCAAGAGCAUCUUGCUGCACUCUGGCGCCCGCAAGGAAUUCAAGGACUUCUUUGAGAGAAAGGACACUUUCGCCCUCGGUGUAUGCAACGGCUGUCAAUUCCUGUCGCGCCUUACAGACAUCAUUCCCGGCGCUGAGACUUGGCCCACUUUCGAAACCAACGUCAGCGAGCAGUACGAAGCUAGAGUGUGCAUGGUCGAAGUCAUGGAUAACCCCAAGCAACCCUCCGUCUUCCUGCACGGCAUGAGCGGCUCCUACCUGCCCAUCAUCACCGCCCACGGCGAAGGCCAAGCCACCUUCGACACCAGCGCCGCUUCCUCUGCUUCCCCGCAAGCACUCAUGAACGAAGGUCUCGUGUCUAUGCGCUACGUCGACAACUACCUCAAGCCCACUGAGAAGUACCCUUACAACCCCAACGGUUCGCCUCAAGGUAUCACUGGUGUCAGAACCCCUGAUGGCCGUGUCCUUGCCAUGAUGCCUCACCCCGAGCGCACCAUUCUCAAGGAAGUCGGCAGCUGGAUGCCCAAGGAUCAAUCCGGCACUUGGGGCGAGUUUGGCCCUUGGGUUAGAAUGUUCAAGAGUGCUAGAAAGUGGGUUGGUUAG